AUGGCUGCCUUUCCCCACAAAAUCGUCUUUUUCCUGAUAUGCUCUCCUUUGGCACAUACCGAUAUCUCAGGAAUUUUCAAAUCAUAUGAUAAAUCCAGAUUUCCUAAGCCUGAUUGUAAAAUGUAUCACCCAAUGGAGUAUAGUUAUGAUAAUGACUGUCCUGAUGUAAUACAAUAUAUUUGUGCUACAAAUGGUGACACUUACGAGAAUGAGUGCUUCUUUUGUGUUGAUCAGUGGGAAUUUGGAUCUUCUAUUAAAUUUGAGAAAUAUGGAAAAUGUGGUUAA